AUGCCAAGCCAGACCAAGGACAAACGACCACUGCCAGUGAUCGACCCGGCCGCAACACAAGGCCUGAACUCCCUCGGUGAGCCGGGCCUCGAAGAACACCAUGCUCAUCCACCCACCGAAACCACAGGUCUUCUGGCCAGGCCCCAUGAUUCCAGCAAUGGUGCCAGCGAGAAACCGGCCAACGUCCACUACCGCAACAUUUCGGGCCCCCGCUUCUUCUUCCUCUUCGGCAGCAUCACGUUUGGCUCGACCAUUGCCUUCUUCGACAGCACCUUGAUGGCGUCGGCCCAUCCCGUCAUCACGUCCUACUUCCAUGCCUCCAACGCAGCGUCGUGGGUCAGCACUGUCUUUUACUUGACAUCCACCGUCUUUCAGCCACUCUACGGCCGCUUGUCUGACACCAUUGGCCGGCGCCCGGUGUACUUGGUCGCCAUCGUAUUGUUCUUCGCGAGCACGGUAUGGUGCGGCGCGGCGGCUGACAUAGGCAGUUUUAUUGCUGCCCGUGCCGCCUGUGGAUUGGGUGCCGGCGGUGUCAUUGCCUUGUCCGGCAUCCUGACCAGUGAUGUGGUCAAGAUCGAAUAUCGAGGCAUCUAUCAGAGUUACUUCAACAUGGCGUACGGUGUGGGAAACGGACUCGGUGCAGCAUUGGGCGGGUUUCUCUGCGAUCACUUUGGCUGGCGUGCAGCCUUCUACUUGCAGCUUCCAUUUAUCUUUAUCUUCGGCUUGCUCGCCUUCUGGUCAUGUCCGGACGACCUGGGACCUAAUCUCUCCCGAACUCAGGGCAAGACCAUCCGGCAGGCAUUCCAAAACUUCGACACUCUCGGAGCCAUCGCCCUGUCCGUGACAGUCGCCUGCAUAAUCCUCGGGGUCAACCUCGGCGGCAACGUCUUUACCUGGGGCCACCCCCUAGUGGUGAGCAGCUUGGUUCUGUCCGCCGUCGCAGCGGUCUCUUUGUUUCUCGUCGAACGAAAAGCCCCAUUGCCCAUCCUCCCAUUGAAGCUCGUCAUGACUGUCCCCACGGGGAACCUCAUGUGGUCCAACUUCUUUGGCGCCAUCGCCUCCAAUACCAUUCUCUUCAAUGUUCCGCUGUACCUGCAGGCGGUCCGGCAAACGUCGCCCACCGCAUCCGGUCUGUUUUUGGUCUCGCCUCUGAUCGGUGUCAGCGUCACGGCGGUCCUGGUGGGCUUUUACAUCACCGCCACGCGCCGAAUGAAGCCGCCCAUGACGGUGGGGACGUUUUUCAUGCUCGCCGGCUCCAUUCUGGUGGCAUGCCUCAGGGCCGACACGCCCAUGUGGUCGGUUCCCCUUCUCAUUCCGUUUUGCUCCAUUGGACAAGGCUUCUUCUUCCCGGCCACCAUCAUUGCCGUUCUCGCGCUGCAUGCCCAGGAUGAGCAGGCCGUGGUGACGACGUCGCUAGGUCUGUUACGCAACAUGGGUUCCAUCAUGGGCGUCGCCAUCAGCAGCUGGAUCCUGCAGAACGCACUGCUCGUCUACCUCCACCGCACCGUCACGGCCGCGGACGAGGCGACCAAGGAAGAAAUCAUCCGCACAGUGCGCGAGUCGGUUCGGUCCAUCUCGACCUUAGACCCCUUGCAUAAGGGACAGGUGAUCGAUGCCUACGCGCGGAGUCUGCGUCUGACCUUCAGCGCGGGCAUUGUCUUCACUUUGCUGGCCAUCUGUCUUGUAUGGCCCAUCCGUCUGCCGGGGCUUCAGAGACAAGAAGACGUCGACAGACAAACCCCGGGCGGCCUGUUUGCGCCUAUCGAGGAAGAAGGUCUCGUUUAUGUUGACGAGGCUGAAGACGAGGACAGUGAAGACAGUGACCGCGACGACGACGAAUCCGGAGACAGGGACGAUGACGUGGACGAUGAGGCUGAAGAUCAGACGGACGGGGGUUCUCUGGGAGUCACACGGACCAUGUCGUCCCUUCACCGUACAGCCACGAACCGGAGCUCCCGCGCGACCGGGUCGUCGGCCAGAACGAUAGUCAGAGCGAGGGCGCGCGAUUCGGAGAGACGGCCGAGUUUCGACAUGAGUUUCUAG